CUACCUUCUCCAAGAAGCUGCUCCUACUGCCCCGGAAGUCCUCUUUCAGGGUGGAGACGGCCUCGCUUAACCGAGAGAACUUCCGGGUCAAGCAGCAGAUCCAGCAGAUCACCACCGGCAGGCGUCUGGUUGGUCUCCACUCAUAUCUUUCAAUCUUGAAGACUCCAGAAUAUACCUGGAUCUACCUUUUUUUGGAAAAUUCCGGUACCAAGCAAGCAGUGACCCACUGUGCUCUUGUUAUAAUAUAGAAGCUAUUGAGUUCUCCAAAUAUAAACAAGAUUUUCUCCCAUUUUCCCAUGAAGCCACUUCGUUGUUUAUCCACUUUAGUGGUGAGUGUUAUUGUGCCAGCUGCUUUUGCUUUGGAAGAUGUAGACUUCAACCAAAUGAUCCCACUGGGAACAAAUCACAGCUUUUCCAAUGCAUCAUUUCUUCCAAGUUUUGAACUCUCAGCGGAUUCCCACUCUGGUGAUGACGUCAUCAUAGCCAGAGAGGGAACUAGUGUUUCAAUCAAGUGUCUUCUCACUGUCGACCGCUAUGAACAGGUCUCUUGGUACAACUCAAAAGGACAGCAGCUGGAUGACAGAGACAGAGGUGGAAAAUGGUUGGUUUCUGAUAACUUCCUGAAUAUCACCAACGUAGCCUUUGCUGACCGUGGGCUCUAUACGUGUUAUAUCACCUCUCCAACCCGUGCCUCCUACUCAGUCACCCUGCGUGUCAUCUUCACCUCGGGAGACAUGAGUGUCUACUAUAUGGUGGUUUGCCUGAUUGCCUUUACAAUCACUCUCAUCUUGAAUGUUACACGGUUGUGCAUGAUGAGCAGCCAUCUUCGUAAAACUGAGAAAGCCAUCAAUGAAUUCUUCCGAACUGAAGGGGCAGAGAAACUUCAGAAGGCCUUUGAGAUUGCAAAACGCAUCCCCAUCAUCACCUCAGCCAAGACUCUGGAACUCGCCAAAGUCACGCAAUUUAAAACCAUGGAGUUUGCUCGUUAUAUCGAAGAACUGGCAAGAAGCGUCCCUCUGCCACCCCUUAUUCUAAACUGCCGGGCCUUUGUAGAGGAGAUGUUUGAGGCUGUGCGAGUGGAUGACCCUGAUGAGAUGGGAGAGAGAAUUAAAGAGAGACCUGCCUUGAAUGCUCAAGAUGGCAUCUUUGUAAUUAACCCAGACAUGGGCCGGAGUAAUUCACCAGGAGGAGAUUCAGAUGAUGGUUCCCUGAGUGAACAAGGCCAGGAGAUAGCAGUUCAAGUUUCUGUCCACCCUCAGUCAGAGACGAAAAGUAUUGAUACUGAUUCUCAAGACAGCAGUCAUUUCAGCCCGCCUGAUGAUGCAGGAUCUACCGAAUCAAACUCUAACUACAAAGAUGGGUCAUGUGAAAGCUGCCAGCUGUGAGCUACCCUCAUACCUACAAAAACAGCUUGCAGAAAAAGAACAUGUUUCAUGCAGAAAAUAACAUUUUUACCAAAAAAUAAGUAGGAUUUCCCCCCCCCAUUAAUAUCAAGCCUAUCAGAACAUGAAUUAUUACCAAAAUCUUUCUAAAAAUUCAGCAUUUUUCCUAUCUGAUCUUUCUCAGUCAUUUUCCCCAAGCUUUAUUAAAUGAUACACGUUCAGAUUUAAAGGGGUCUGAGAGAUCAAUGUAACGGGGAAAGUACCACACCCAAAAUUACAUGACUUCUCUUCUAGUCACGGUUCUUUCAUUGUUUAAAGCUAACACUUCUCUUGAAGCCUCAGUUUUCCCACCAGUAAGAUGAGGGAUUUGCACUAGAUGAUAUCUGAAGUCCUUUCUAGCCCUCUGACUUCUUACCUGCCACCUUUAAACUAUAAGAAUCUUCAGCUCAUUUCUAAAUCCUUCCCUAGACUUUGAGUCCCUUUUUACAGAAAGGACCAAGCUGAGAUUGUAUUCUGUGAUUUGGAUUCCCGCACCAAUGCUAUGCAUAGAGGUGUGGGUGUUUUUCGGAUGUCUUGCUGGUGGAGCAUACAAUUGUAUAUGGUCGAUUGAAUCUUUCCAGUAUCGCCCAUGAAUAUAUUGCUAUACAGAUAUCAGGGACCUAACUGCUCAUGAGUAAGCUACUUUUCAUGAGUAAAUUGGUCCUUGUGAGGGUAUAGCAGUCUUUUUAACUUACUGAGUCAUCAUUUAGCUCACUGAGCUGACAGUGAUUUCUCGGCUGAUCUCCAAAGUGAAAAAUUUGUUCCUAAAGAAUAAUGUCUUCAUUGUUUUUAGAAUAAGAAGCAGUGUCAAAUCAUCUGUCUCUGGUAAAUUAUGGAUUUUGACAUUUCUGUUAAUAGAAUUUCUCAGGCUUUCCCUUUUUAAAAGUACUGGACUCUACAAGACAGUUCUGUGUUUGGGAUCUCAUUCCAGAGGAAAACCCACAGCUGAAUUCCUCUUUGGAUCUCUGUCAACACUCUUUACUCUAUCGUCUUAAAUACGGUGCUAAAGGUUGCAUGCCUUCUUACCUUGUUUGUCUUGUUUAUAUUUUAUUGUUGCUGAGGUUUUUAUUUUUGUGUACAUCAGAUGUAGAAUUUUAAGCUAGGGCUGCUUUUGUGGCCUUUCUGAGAAGCACUAACCUGAAAUAAGAUUAGAUAAUGGUAUGUGGUGUAUGUUACUAUAUUAAAUAUAUAAAUACAGAUAUAUAGGUAUAUAUACACACACACAUACAAAUGAUCUAGACAUAAAGAGGGAGAAAAAUGAUGAAUGAUGCCACCUGAUUCGACUGUGUAUAAUAAACACUUUGGACAGUGUUUGUUGCCCGGCUGAGAUCUGACGUAAUGGAAUUGUAAAUACUCUUCAGAGUCAUUUCUUCAACUACAGUGAUCUUGGCAUCGUACAAUUUUAAGAACUCAGCGGUGGAGCUCUGUGUGCUUCACAUUUCUUCAUUUGGCUUCUGACUACUGAAGCGUUACUUGAACUAGAGGCUCCUGAGGGAAAUGUUCAGGGGAGGUUUUAUCAGGAUUUUAAUUUAAGGUUUCAAAUGGAGGAAGACAGGAAAUUUGAAGUGUGACUAGAUAGAACUCCUGCCUCCCUUUGUGAAGGCUUAUCAGAAGUAAUACAUCUGUUCUGGAUAGUAUGAAUGAAUCAAUAUGCAGUUUUAUCAGAUGGCAUUUCAGAUAAAGACGAUAAUGCUGCCUUUUCUGUCUCUCAGGCUGUUUCCAUAGAAACCUCCAGAGCCAAACAAAAGCUACCAAUCAUUUAGCCAAAUCUUGUCUUGGCUCAUAGACCUGUAUUCCUUUAAAGAAAACUGUUUUCAUACAUUUGGCUAUGAGAACAAGGGCUCUGGAACAUGCCCUAGAUUAUAGAACUCUUCUUCCCUUCCCAGAAUGUUUCUCUUGAGAAUUUAAAAUUCUUUAAAAUCCCUUUCUAAGGUCUGAGUCUGUCCCCUGAACCUCCCUCAGAUCUUUAGAUAGCACUUCAUAACUUAUAACAAUAUAGCAGGUUUGGGGUCCUUUUUAGAAUGUAGCUUGUCACAUUAAAGAGAAUGAAUUUACCCCCACCUGUUUUCAUAAUAGACAUAGGUAUUUGGAACCUUAAGGUAGACAUAUUUAAUGAUCAAAGUCCUGGGAAACAGGGCUUGGGAAAAAUAACAAGAAAUAUUCAGGAAAAAACUAUAAGUUGCAUAAUACUGUAUAACAAGUAUAGGCUACUCUAGUGUAUCCUGGAUAAAUUACUUUAGAAGUGUAAUGGUGACAAUUUAGUGGCCAAAGUAAUUGGAUUACUCUGAGUAUUCCAGGUUAUGGUGCCACUGAUAAAGUAGGUCAAAAUUUAAGUGGAGCCGGUGUUACUUUCUAAAUCUGAAAUAGUUGUUCACAGGAAGAAAAUCACACUCGCUAACAUUUUCUCUAGCUGAUUAAUCAACUACUCUUCAUAUAUAAUUAGUGCUCAUGUUAUCUUUUUGUAAAAUCCUUAACCUUUUGAACUUCAACUACAGUCUAACAGUCUUUUGACAAUAGUGGUGGUGUAAUUAUCCUUCUGUCUUGCUAGAUUUUAUAAUUGGUGAACAUGCCUUUACUCAGCAAAUUGGAUUUGCAAUAGUUCUGUCAUGUCAUUUAUAAAUUCUGUCUUGUAUUGGGAUUUAAUGACCCUUAUCAUCCUUGUGAAAUGAAAUGGUGGCUUUGUAAAAUAAAUUGACCAAGACAAGGCAUAUAAACAUUUUUAGAGAUUCCUUGCCAGCUGAAAGUCCUUACCAGUCAGGCAUCUUUUGAAUUGGUAUGCCACUUGUUUAUAAGCUGUUUGAUAAACCUAUCCUCAAAGUUGUAUCUGUUCCAACACUUUAGUUCUUUAGUCUGGCCCAGUGAACAUGUUUAUCUCCUCCCAGCCACCUUGAUAUAAGUAUCUUGGGAGUUGCUGACACGGAAUGGUUGUAAGGCUCCUAGCUUCUUCACCUCAUUUAACACAUUUUAAAGUGAAAAUUCACAGCUUUCCCUUUUGUCCUGAGUGAACCCCCGCCAUAGUCCUCUCCACGCCCUGCACGUUGUUUCACCCUAGGUCAGAUUUUGUAUUCUGUAUCCCCGAGCAGCAUGGGAGCAUGGCAUGCUUGUUUCCAGGGCCCAGCCAGUCAUGGGUGCUAGUCUUGCCUCCACACACCAGCUAUUGUGACACAAGUAUUGAAUAUAUCAGAUUUCCUGAAUCGCCAUUUAAAGAAUACGAUCUUUUCUUUCCUAGGCCGGCAAUGUUAAAAAAUGCUAAGCCUCAUGUAUAAACUCCUAGGUUCUCAACACAUUUCAUAAAAGUAAAUGAGCUACUUAAUAUGGUUCAGAUGAUGUUUAAAUAGUUACCAUUUUAAUGAAUACUUAACAAUUUUGUCAUUUUUUUAAAAAAAAGUUGUACUUGAACGUAAUGCAUUAAAUGUUCAGUAGAGUAUAUUUUGUUUGUCUGAAGUCUUCUGUAGAGAUGUAUUCAUUUUUAUGUGUGGUGGAACUUGAUGUUAAUGAUUUUGAGCAGGAGUAAAUUUGAAGUUAACUUGGUUGCUACUGUGUCUACCGAUUUAAAUUUUACAGAUGUUUACUAAGCAUCUAUAUGUUUUUGGUGCUAUAAGCCAUACUGAGAUGGGUGUCCUACCUACAGUUAGCAUGAGAAUGCAGUUACUGGAGCAUCCUCACCUGGCCUAAGUACAGCAGUUUCCCACUGCUAAAAUAAAGCAUUCUUAGGAAAGGCAGAGCUGGAGCAAAGGCCUAGAGAUAAGAGGAUUCAGCACAUGUUUUAGAGCAGUGGUCCCCAGCCUUUUUGGCACCAGGGGCAGGCGGAACAGGGGAAGAGGGUGAGGGUGGGCGGGAUGAUUUCAGGAUGAUUCUCAUAAGAACUGCAUAACCUGAAUCCCUCGCAUGCACAGUUCACAGUAGGAUUCUCACUCCUGUGAGAAUCUAAUGCCACCACUGACCUGACAGGAGGUGGAGCUCAGGCAGUAAUGUGAUGAAUGGGGAGUGGCUAUAAAUACAGAGGGAGCUUGACUCGCUCCCCCACUGCUCACCUCCUGCUGUGCAGCCCAGGCCGCUGACAGAGGGGUACCAGUCAGAGGCUGGGGCGGUUGGGGACCCCUGUCUUACAGAGCUUAUGAUCAGUGUGUAGAGUUUGUGAUGAGGUGUGGCAGUGAGGAGAGCAAAUGUCUGCAGUCCCAUGGCAGUGAAGCAGGCAUGGAAAAGCACAGGAUCUCAGGACACAGGCAGAGAACAAGUAGAGGUGAACUCAUUUCUUAAAUGCCACCAACUCCUUAGAAUGAACACCUAGCCCCUAUCUUGGGACUUGGCCUCUGGACUGCAAUAAAAUGGAGUUGAUAACACCUACCUCACAAAAUUAACAUGAGGAUUAAAUACAGCAACAUGUAAGCACACACUGCAAGUUAUGACAUGCAGUAUAGCGUUAGGGUCUGGUAAUCACGUAGCCAUAGUGUCAGCUUUAUUAGCAGGCGUGUCCAGCUGAUGACUGGUUGCAUUUGGACUCAACUGAGAAUUCCUCCAGAUGUCUCUCAGUUACUGUUGCAUUUGGCUGCGUGCCACGGAAACCCAGUUGUGGUGGCCUACCCAAGUAAGAGGUUUAUUUUUCUCAAAUAACACAAAGUCCAGAGAAACUCAGCCCAAGGCUAGAACAGGAGCCCAAGUUUGGCAUCAAGGGCUCCAUCCAAGUCUUUUUUAUCGAAGGACUUCUGGAUUUCUUUCCAUCCUUAGCAUGUAGCCUUCAUCUGCACAGUCACCAGAUGUCUGAGAUUGGGUUCCCCAGAGAAAGGAUUCCUGUGUAAGUAGUUUAUCUGGAAGGUGAACCCAGGAGUGAGAUGAAAAAGAGAGCCAAUACAGGAUGAGUGCAUUAUUUCUGUGAGCAACUGGUCUCAGCCCCUCUGGGGGAGUCAGGACACUCUAUCUGUCCCUUGUGUUUGUAGCUUACACCUCAAAGUUGUCCCAUCUGAAGGCCAAGGAGCUUGGAUGUUUAUAUACCAAUUUCUGUCAACGAGGACUGCUUCUAGCAUCACUAACUCUCUGGUACUUCCGACCAGGCUAAGCAUGAUCCUGUAGCCAGCAGAAGUCCUCUGCAAGAGGUACAGGAGCUUUCAGUAGAAAAAUCUGUAAUUAAUGUAACAAUUUCAUGUGAGUUUCAAAAGGUUAUGAACAGAGUUCUGAUGGUACCUGCUACACAGGACAGUUGCUUCCCUUCCGCAUCACAUCUACAUUCCAGGCAGGGAGAAAGGUAGAUGGUCAGAAGGCAACAGACAUACCAGCUGAGUCUGUACCUUUGUAUCAGGAAGGCAGUAGCUUUCCAGAAGCCUCACCUGACUUCACUGCCAGAACUGGGUUACAUGCUACCUGCUGUAGCUGUAAGGAAGCCUGGGAAGAUGAAAUUGUAUGUUUUUUAACUGGACACACUUCCCCAAAGUGUUCUAUUAAGAAAGGAGGGAGGAACGGAAGUUGUAGGCAACUGGUAAUUGCAACAAGUUCAUCUUCAUGUGAAUUACAGGAGUAAAAUGCAAUUCUGCGGUGGGUAAAAUUGCAAGCCAUGUUCCUUGAUAUUCACAUGUGUGGACGACAAACAUCACAUGCUAUAUCUGUAAAGAAAGGAUGGUACAGCCAUCAAGCCAUCAGCCACUGCAGCCUUCCCCAGUUGUGCACCAUAAGGGGAUUCAGGAUGGAGAAUAGCAGGAUACUGGCCUUAGAUAGUUAAGGUGCCUAUCAAAGGGAUUAUUUCAAUGACCCAGACUUGCAUCUUCCCAAAUAUAGAGAAGUAUUAAGUUCACUAAAUUGAGAUAUCUGGGUUUUCUUUGAUUAACAGUAAGCUUCUGCUGUUCUGACUACCUGUUUUUUGUUGCAAAAACUCAUGUACCUGGCUCCUCUGUUACUUCUUCAAAACAAUCCCUCAGAGCUCUCUGGGAGCCUGGAUCCUGGACUUAAGUCCUUGGUAUAAAGUCCUCAGAGUCCACUGAAUAAAACAUAAUUCUCAACUUUUA